AUGGUAGCUCAACCGGAUGUACCCAAAUCUGAGUCCCGGUCAUCGCAUACCGGUAACAAAACCUCUGAUGAUGGCUACAACUGGCGCAAAUACGGGCAGAAACAAGUCAAAGGAAGCGAAAACCCGAGGAGUUACUUCAAAUGCACUUACCCAAACUGCCUCACCAAGAAGAAAGUGGAGACCUCUCUUGUGAAGGGUCAUAUCAUUGAGAUUGUCUAUAAAGGAAGCCACAACCAUCCCAAACCCCAAUUCGCAACGAGAUCAGCUUCCACUGCAGCGACUAAUGACGGCAAGCCCCAUCAGAGUAGCAGUUUUGGAGACGGUCAAGAAUUUGGUGAAGAUGAAGCAGAUGCCAAGAGAUGGAAAAGAGAAGAGACUGUGAAGGAGCCGAGAGUGGUGGUUCAGACAACAAGUGAUAUCGACAUUCUCGACGAUGGGUACAGAUGGAGAAAGUAUGGUCAGAAAGUUGUCAAGGGAAAUCCUAAUCCAAGGAGCUAUUACAAGUGCACAUUUACAGGAUGUUGUGUGAGGAAGCAAGUGGAGAGAGCAUUUCAAGACGCAAAAUCUGAUGCAAUGGCUUCUCCGCUUCUCCCGACUUCUACAGCUCCUGAUCAUCAUCUCCCCAGCGGCGAUCCGCCGUUGCUGACCUCUCUACGCGUCCUCGUGUCUCGCGUUCUAGCCUCCGUUCGUCACGCUUCCGCCGACGCAAGGCCCUGGACGGAGCUCGUUGACCGGUCAGCGUUUUCCCGGCCGCCAUCUCUCACGGAGGCGGCGUCGCGAGUAAGGAAGAACUUUUCCUACUUCAGAGCCAAUUACAUAACCUUAGUGGCGAUCUUGCUCGCCGCGUCUCUCCUCUCGCACCCUUUCGCUCUCUUCCUCCUCGCAUCGCUGGCCGCUUCAUGGCUUUUCCUAUACGUUUUCCGUCCUUCGGAUCAGCCGUUGGUGAUCGGUGGUCGAACCUUCUCUGAUCUGGAGACGCUAGGGAUGCUCUGUCUUUGUACUGUGGUGGUGAUGUUCAUGACAAGCGUCGGAUCGCUGUUGAUGUCGACUCUGGCCCUUGGGAUGAUGGCGGUGGCCAUCCACGGCGCGUUUCGUGCUCCGGAAGAUUUGUUUCUUGAGGAACAAGAAGCCAUUGGAUCUGGUCUUUUUGCCUUCUUCAACCAAACCGCCUCAAACGCAGCUGUCGCUGCCAUCGCCACCUCCACAAUGUCACGCGUUCGAGCCUGA